AUGAGUGAUGUUGAUGCAGUGUCCUCCCUGCCAGCUGCCCUGCAUGCCGGACAAAAUGCUACCGCUGUCACGGUGAACCCCCGGUCUGCUUCUGGUUCGCUGUCUUCCAAGAGGGUCUCUCCGUCGCCCCAUCGCAGAGGAGAGGAUGCUCGCGUCAAGGAGGUUGAUUCUGCGUCAGGAGAAGGAGAUGGCCCGCCGAGCCCCAAGGCUGACUCGGAAGCAGAGACUAUCAUCCAGUCGGGCCGCGAGUCGCUAUCGCCAGAAAAGAGACGGAAGUAUAUUCAACAUCAGCCAAGGCGACGCGAUGUUCAAGUUGACCACGGUGACACAGUGGAGGACAGUUCACUACCUGAUGACACACACAUUAGGAAGAGAAAGCGAUCGAUCGAUGACUCCAUCGCGGAACGCGACCGUGGGUUCUCCCCGGAACUUCAUUCUCGAACAGCCGUUUCCCCAUCACGUGUGAAAAUCGAGAAGCCAGAGGAACUACAGCCCGCCCUAAAUAAUCUUGAUUCCUCUCUGCCUUCACAUAGCACGGAGGCUGUCCCCGGUGGUCAGAACGUCCAGGUCUCACGAAAGCGUAGCCAUAGCGACGGUGUCGACAGUGAGAGGGACAGGGCUCAAUCUAGUCGUCACACAACGGCCUCCCGCGACAGAGAGCGAAGAGAUAUCAACGGCAUCAGUCUACCUCCACCAGAGUCGAUCGAUCGCUCAGGCUCGCCUAUUCGGUCGGCUCACAAGCGAACAGCUUCCGGUCCGCAGCUUGGGGGCAGUGACUUGCAAAAGAAAAGGAAGACGACUACUCCGCUCAUCACAGGAUUUCAACGGCAAAGCUCCGAGGAUAGGCUGUCGGUUUCGUCUUCAACCAGUGGCUCCCCUCUACCCAGCUCUCAAUUGCGAAAAUUAGCCGGUGUCGACGGCGCUUCAGCAUCUCCCGCAAGGCCGACGGGUCACAAGAAACAGCGCGACCAAAAUGGCCGAACACGUCUAGCACGUGCCUGUGCAGCUCAGGAACUGGAGGUAGCAAUGGCGAGGCAUGCAGAACGCCCAGAUGAUUUGAAUGUGGCCGACAAUGCGGGAAAUACGCCCCUCCAGAUUGCUGCCCUCGAAGGGUGUGCGCCGAUUGUGAAAUUCCUUCUUGAAGCUGGCUGUGACAUAGACACAAAAAACAUUGACAAAGAUACUCCUUUGAUCGAUGCCGUCGAAAAUGGCCACUUGGAGGUCGUCAAACUCUUACUGGAGGCGGGCGCAAAUCCUCGCACGGUCAACGCGGAAGGUGAUGAGCCGUAUGAUUUGGUCCCAUCGGACUCAGAAGACUAUGCAGAAAUCCGCCGUGUACUUGCAGAGGCUAAAGCCAAUCCCCGGCCGGGUCGUCGUUCCGAAGAGCGUGCUGGUUCCGCAAAUAAGGAGAUAAGCUCUAAAAGAGUUGCUGCUGCAAGCCCGCGCGAGUCCCCCCCGACUGUGCGAAGUGAAGCUACGCGAAACGACUUACUCUGGACCAAAGCUACACCUGAGAAUCUGCAAGCAUUUGCUGCGAAAGGUGAUAUUGCUGGAGUUGCCAACAUUCUCAACGUUGGGCAAAAAGCCGACACCGAGUCGAUGAUAGCUGCAGCCAAGGGCGGUCAUGAUGAGGUACUGUCUCUAUUACUUGGGAUGGGCGACGCGGAUCCGGAUCCUGAGCCACUUCAAGGAGGAAACCAGAAACCCGGCUACAAUACACCCAUGCUGGCGGCGAUCGGCCGAGGUAAUCUUGCUGUCAUACGCUUGCUGCUGGAUCAGCCGAAAUUCAAUCCGACACGCCGGCUUUACCGUGAUCGUACCUACUUUGAGUUAUCUCGAGAACGGAGAGCUGACAACUGGGAGGAGGAAUAUGACUUGCUGAGAGAGGCCUAUGAUAAUUACGUUAGAGCCAAGCGUCUGCGCAAGCAGGAGGCUUCUUCACCGAAACGACCGCGCGACAGGGAGAAGGAAAACAAGCGGCCGGGUCGCAGACACUCCCCAUCGCCCGCGGUUUCUUCUAGGAAGGCCGUAACAAGUCCAGGCGCCGGUCACCACCGAGAGCUCUCUUCCAAAGAUGCUGUUACAUCGAAGGAAAAGAAACGAGAUGGUGUAGCUCACUUAAAGGAGAGAUCCGGAUCUAGUACCAAUCGCCCCAGAAUAGCCCACAAGGGUAGUGACAAUCCGGCGGACGGCGAUGGGUUUCGGGUGGAGUCUACUCAGUCCAAGUCAUUAGCAACACUCACCAAAGAUGAGGAAGCUCCCAGGAGAAGGCGUUUGAUUGCAGGGCGCCCUCCACAGGAUCGUGAUCGCAGAAGACCCAGCAUACCAUCUUCGGAUUCCCUGUCAGGCCGUGAGGACUCUGCCAAAUCCCGGAUCGAUCCUCCUACCGAAGCUACGGCGGUUCCGAAUGGGCCUGUGGCCUUGAAACGCGGACGCAGUAGCGCAAGUCCCGAACGCCCCGUUCUCGCGAAAAAGAAACGACGUGUUCUCUCUGAAGACAGGACGCCAAGCAUGACCAAUUGUGGAUUGAAGAAAAGUCACAGCAACGGCAUAGCAGAGGAGUCCAAAACGUAUGUUCGGCCGAAGAAGACCGAAGAUCAAUUGUUGGAGCGCGAGCGCGAUCAGCAAGUCGAUAGUACACCGCACAUGGCUACCGACUCAAGAACUGUGAAGAAAGAGCGAGAAAGGCAGGAUGUAGGCCACCUGGCUGAUAUCCCCAUGGAAGAUGCGAAGACUCUGGCCAAGAGGUCCGAGUCUGAAGAACAGCGCCGGGAAGAGGCGAAACGGGCCGAAAAGGAGCGUAUCGCGGAAGAAGAGCGUCUCGCAGCUGAAGCGGAAAAGGCUCGCUUGGCAAAGGAAGAGGAAGAACGAGCUGCCCGUGUGGCGCGCGAAAAGGCCGAGGAAGAGGAGCGCAAACGGAAAGAGGCCGAGCAAAGGCGGAUCAAGCAAGCCGAGGAUGAGCUUCAGAAGAGACUAGAACAAGAAAGACUGCGCCUUGCGAAAUUACGGAGGGAGCAGGAAGAGCAGGAGCAGCGGCGUCGCGCUGCGCUUCCUAGUCGGCUUCGUGUUGCUGCCCAUCUCGUCGGCUCCAAUGACCCACGAGCGCGGAGUCAUGCCUGGCUGAAGAGGUUCAUGCCCGUUGUUACUGCGAUCACCAAACAACUGGAUCCUUCAUGUGAUACCAGCAUCGCUGACGAGAGAUGGGUUCCAAACUACUUGGUGGCACCUUUAUUAGCGACUAAUGAUCUCCAGCUGUCCCAGUACACAAGUUGGGAGAAGCGUAAUGCGACUCCCACUCAGCGGGAGAAUCUAUGGCGCGUCACCCGUCGGAUGCUGGUCCAGGGAGAUGAUAUGGACUUCAUGAGCUCUUCGUUUGCGCAGAUCAUGCAGAAGGAUUGCGAAACACGGCCGAAAUACUUUGACAUGGAACAUGUAUUUUGGGUUAGACUUUCCGACUUCAUGGACCUCGUUCCUCAUGUUCCGCAUCUUCAUGAUCUUGACAUUCAAUUUCUCAGAAUGCACAUCGACCAGGAGCCUUCUACAGCAGCACCUCUCCUUGAAUCAGCGCAGCCCAACGGACACGGGCCUGAAUAUGCCCAUCUUGAUAAUAUUCAUGGCUUUCCUACUGGGAUACCCGGGCUUACCAACGGAUAUGGCCAUUCACGGCCAAUCGGACGGAGAAGAGACCAUGUCCAACCCCCCGUUGCCGCCGCCGAUGAGGUCGAGGUUUCGGCUGAUGCCGGCGCCGGCGGCCAGAUGUCCGUCCUCGAUGCUCUGAAGGGUGUCCUCCGCAUUGCUCUGAUCCACGACGGUCUUGCCCGUGGUCUGCGCGAGGCCGCCAAGGCCCUCGACCGCCGCCAGGCCCACAUGUGUGUCCUCAACGAGGGCUGCGAGGAGGAGGCCUACAAGAAGCUCGUCAUUGCUCUGUGCUCCGAGCACAAGAUCCCCCUCAUCAAGGUUCCUGAUGGAAAGAUGCUUGGCGAGUGGGUCGGUCUCUGCCAGCUUGACCGUGAGGGUAACGCCCGCAAGGUCGUCAACUGCUCUUGCGUUGUCGUCAAGGACUGGGGUGAGGAGUCCCAGGAGCGCUCUGUCCUCCUCAACUACUUCCAGACUGAGCAGUAAAUGCACUGCCGCUGCGAUGUGCUUUAGCGGAUGGGAUGUGGAUGUGUGAUGGGCACGGAAAUGGGGUGGUUUGAAGGGGAGGAGGAGCUUCUGGUUACGUGACCAUUGAGCCUGGGGCUCGGGCUCUUCUUCCCCGUCCUCGAUACGUGAUCCAUUCACUUCGGAUUCACAUUUAUCUAAGGUCAACGGACUAAUGGAAUGAAGAAUAUUCAUGAUCAAUGGGUG